CAGAAAAAUGGAAAACAAAACAAACAUAAACCUCAUUUUCUCUGUGUGUCUUUUGCUGAUUCUUUUGCCUGCAUUUGCAUCUUCUACUUUGUUAUUUCAGGGAUUUAACUGGGAAUCGUCGGGGCAAGAUGGAGGAUGGUGGAACCAUCUUAUCAAAUUAGUCCCAGAUUUGGCUGAUGCUGGAGUUACUCAUGUUUGGCUUCCCCCUGCCUCAAAUUCCCUUCAAAAUCACAGCCAAGGGUAUAUGCCAUCAAGAUUGUAUGAUUUGGACACAUCAAGCUAUGGAAAUUCACGUGAACUUAAAGCCUUAAUCAAAGCCUUUCACGAUAAAGGAAUCAAAUGUCUUGCUGAUAUAGUGAUAAACCAUAGAUGGGCUGAAAACAAAGAUAGAAGAGGAAUCAACUGUUUAUUUGAAGGUGGCACGCCUGAUAAUAAGCUCGAUUGGGGUCCGACCUUCAUUUGUGGCAACGAUACUAAAUUUUCCGAUGGCAAAGGAAAUAAUGAUACUGGUUUAGAUUGGGGAGAUGCACCAGACAUUGAUCAUGCUAAUCCACAAGUGCAAAAGGAUUUAUCAGAUUGGAUGAAUUGGCUCAAAACUGAAAUUGGAUUUGAUGGUUGGAGAUUUGAUAUGGUCUUAGGAUAUGCACCUAAGUUCACUAAAAUCUACAUGGACAAUACUAAACCAGAUUUUGCUGUUGGAGAAUUUUUCUUGAAAUUUAAUAAUAAACCGGAUGGGAAACCGGACUAUGAUCAGCAUAGAAAUUAUUUACUUCAGUGGGUUCAGAAUGCAGGUGGUGUUGUGACAACAUUUGAUUUUACGACGAAAGGUAUUCUUGGUACUGCUGUUGGGGAUACGAGAUUCGAUUUGUUGAAAGAUUCUAAGGGACAUCCUCCUGGAAUGAUUGGUAUUUUGCCUCAGAAUGCUGUGACUUUUAUUGAUAAUCAUGAUACUUAUUCGCAACAGCAAUGGCCAUUUCCUACUAAUCCAAAUGAUAAAGUUACUCAGGGAUAUGCCUACAUUCUAACUCAUCCUGGAAUUCCAUCAGUGUUCUAUGACCAUUUCUUUCUGUUCCAAGGGAUGAGGAAACCAAUCAAAGAUUUGUAUGCAGUUAGGAAGAGGAAUGGAAUUUCUGCAACAAGCAAAGUGAAAAUUUUGGCAGCACAAAAUGAUCUUUAUGUGGCAAACAUUGAUGACAAAAUCAUUGUCAAAAUUGGACCUGGCAAUGUUGGAAAUCUUGUUCCAUCUAAUUUUCAAUUGGCAACAUCAGGAGUUGAUUAUGCUGUAUCGGAAAAGAAGGCAUAAGUUCAAGACUCAGAGUCAUCCGACAAUCCAAUAUGAAUAAUACUAGCAUUAGUAUCAAAACAUCAGGAAAAAAUAAGGUUGAUGAUUAUGUCCAAAAUUUUUAGUUUGUGCUGUGUGUAAAAGUACCUAAGAUCUAGGGACAAUUAGUGAUCAGCAAUAAGUCAUAAAAUGAUGAUACUAAAUUCUAUGAAUAAGAGGAGACACAAUUCAUGUGUCUAUUUAUUCUGA